GUGGGUGUGGAAAGAAAGAUUUAAAAUGCUGAACCUGUCCGGUUUCACUAUUUCCUCUUUGUCCCACAUUGCGAAAGCAUCACUCUUAACUGUACAAUGUUACUGCAGGUACAUUUGCUCAUACUGAUUUGGACUCUUUCAGUGGGCCAGGUGUCAUGCUGUGAUUACUCUGGGUCGGUGUGCGGUGCCCGAGGUCCAGGGGACAUCAUCAUUGGAGUACUAAAUGCCUGCCACUCUAAGGUGGCGAACCUGGAAGGGCGAAUUCAAGCUGAGAGAUUCAACUGCACAGGGUUUGACUUGGAAUCCUUUGUGGAGACCUUAGCCGUCAUUCACACGAUCGACACAAUCAAUGACUCUGGCUUCCUUCCUGGCAUCCGUCUUGGCUAUUUGGUCUGUGAUACAUGCUCAGACGCCAGCAAAGGAAUCCAAGAUGCCAUCCAUAUGUUGGCCAUCAACCAAACCAAGCCUUUCGGAUGUGACUUGAUAGAGCGACCAUUAGUUAAAGCAAUCAUUGGGGCACGUUAUUCAGAGGUAUCAACUGCUGUAGCCAGACUUCUGGGCCUCUAUAUGGUUCCCCAGAUAAGUGCCACGUCAUCUGCAAACACUCUGGACGAUACGUUACGAUAUCCGUCCUUUUUGCGCACCAUACCUAGUGACGUGCAUCAGACCCACGCCCUGGCCCAGCUCAUGGCCCAUUUCAAGUGGAACUGGGUGGGUGUCGUAUCCGGUGAUGAUGACUACGGGAGAGCCGCUCUACACGACUUCUUAAAAUAUGCAGAGGAUGCGAAUGUUUGUGCGGCCUUCAAUGAGGUCAUACCGCAUUACCUGGACCACCCUGAGAGCAAGCGACGGAUUGACGAGGUUGCUACUCACAUCCAGUCCUCCGACGCUCGGGUGGUUCUGCUCAUCCUGAAGGGGCAGCUGGUGGAGCAGCUUUUUAGGGUGAUGAUCAGCAAGGGGAUCUCCAGGACCUGGAUUGCCAGUGAUUCCUGGUCCCAGUAUCAAGCGGUGGCUGAAAUGACUGGGAUCAAUACGAUAGGAGACGUCUUUGGCAUUCGGUUCAUCACAGGACCCAACCCAGGGUACGAGCAUUUCCUCACCAACCUUUCGCCUGGCCCGGGGGCUGUGAAUAGGUUCAUCGAGGAGUACAAGGAUCUGAGGUUUGAAUGUACUCCAGAGGCUCAACAACACCAGGAUUGCCUUAAAGAUAGACCUGCAGACCAGUGUCCAUUACCUGACUCUCUGAAGCUGAAAUCGAAACUUGCUUGUGUGCUACCAGACCCUCAAAAAGCAAAUGAUGACUUUUUGGCUCAGGCUACUGAUCAGACGUAUGCUCAUAGAUUGGCUACAUGGUCAAUAGCGUUCGCUCUGCGAUCACUCCUCCAAUGCAACACAACUACAUGCCCCGGAGAGCAGGACUUUAAACCUGGCAACCUUCUUCUUGAAAUGAAGAAUGUAAAGUUCACCCUUGAUAAGAGGCAGUUUUACUUUGAUAAAUCUAGCCUUGCAACUGGCUAUGAAUUAAUCAACUGGGUUAAGAGACAAAAAAAUAGGCAUUUUGAAGUUAUUGGAGGGUACAAUGUGACGACACGCACUCUGGGUAUUGAAGAGAAGACCAUCGAAUGGCAUACUCCAAACAAAACGAUCCCUGAGUCAAAAUGUUCACAGUCUUGUCCACCUGGAACAUUUAAAAAAAUCUCCAUGAUAUUCUGUUGCUUCAACUGUAGUGAAUGUGAAGAGGGAUCCUUCACCAAUGAUUCUGAUCUUCCCAACUGUCUAAAAUGUCCUGGGGAAACUUGGUCCUUGAGGGGUGCGAAAAAGUGUUAUCAAAGAACUGAAAGUUUCUUAAAAUGGGACGAUCCCUUUGCUAUUUCCUUGCUUGUUGUCACGGGGAUAGGACUUCUUUUGCUAUUUUCCAUAUUUGUCAUCUUCCUGAAUAAGCGUAGUAGUGUCAUUUUCAAAGUGGCAGGUGGAGAAAUUGUCUUUGUUAUGAUGGCUGGGCUAGCAGUUAGCUUCGGUGCAGUGGUCUUGUUUGUUAGCAAGCCUACAGAUGAAAUUUGUAAAUCCCGCCAAACUGUGUAUGGCCUUGGUUUUACACUGUCCGUCUCUUGCAUUUUAGUCAAGGCCUUUCGCACCUUUCUUGCAUUCCUGUUUGACAUGAACCAGCAGCAUAUGCUGAAGAAACUAUAUAAACCGGUUGUCAUUGUGGUGUCUGGCACUGGAAUUCAAGGCCUUAUUUGUACUUUCUGGUUGAUCUUUGAUGCCCCUAAAGUUGACCAAGAAAUCUCAAGGCAAAGCAUGAAGAUUGUGUUGCAGUGCAAUGAAGGAUCCAACUGGGGAUUUGGCAUCAUGCUCUCUUAUAUUGCGCUGCUCGCCAGCAUCUGUUUCCUCCUUGCCCUCAAAGGUAGGAAGGUUCCACAGCGCUUCAAUGAAACCGGUUACAUCAUUUUCAGUAUGAUCAUCUAUCUAUUUGUGUGGGUCUGUUUUAUCCCUAUUUAUGUGACCAAAAUUCAACAGCGCCCUGCAGUGCAGGCCUCUGCCAUUGUUGUAUCCAACUUUGGAAUUAUUUUCUGUCAUUUUUUCCCAAAGUGCUACAUGAUGCUUUGCAAGAAAAAGCAUGACACAGACAGACGGUCAUAUUUAAAAACUGUACACAACUUUUCAAUCAGCACAAUAAGCAAUGGACUGUCGUAUACCCCUGAUUCUGGGCACGGAUCUGAUGUAGAAAAUUCAUUUGAGAAGUCAUUUUAUAUAAUAGAUGCUGGGGCAAGCACCCCAAACUCUUCCAGGGCCUCUGCUAUGACAAUGAAGGCGGAGCCCCAUAACACUGGCAUUUCCUCAUCAAAUCAAAUAAGGCAACGGCUGCGAGCAAAGUCCCUUUGAAUAUUACUCAGAAACUGAGUGUUCCAUAUUAUUAAUCUGAGAAUUCCACUGAAACUAUGUGUACUUUUCUAUUUACUGCUUGGCAUUAGCUGUGUCAGUAACAACCAAAAUCGUUUUACUGCAUGGUAAACAGAAAACAUACACAGGAAAAAAAAAACAUAUUCCUCCUCAGUCAUCCUCAAUCUUUAAAACUUAAGCAAAUAGUAUUAUCAAUUCUGUCUAUAAAUUAACCUUGAAGAUACUGUGGAGGAUUGUAACAAUCAACAGCCAGUAAAUAUGUUUUACCAUCAUCCUGUUAUUAACCCCACUCCCUGCCAAAAAACUCCCUCAACUACUCUUGAGGAGUUGUGUUUUAUGAUGAAUUAAGGAGGAAUAAUAAUUGGAGAUCAGGCAGGAUUAACAGGAAGGAGGGCAGAAUUUAAGUAACAAUGGAAGGUGUUUGUUCUGUGUAUCCUUCAUAAGCCCACAAAUAAAGUGUUGAACAUUGCAACUAUAUUGUCUAUUUUCGACAUCGGACUGUAAACUCUUCACUGGUCAAUAAACAACUUAAUUUCA